AUGCAGGACGACGACGUACCCAAGGCAGUGGACUGGCGACAGCGCGGGUGCGUGAGCUAUGUGAAAGAUCAAGGUGACUGCGGGUCUUGCUGGGCAUUUUCCGCCACUGGUGCAAUAGAGGGAGCAUACUGUGCCAAAACAGGGGAGCUUCUCAACUUGAGUCAGCAGCAACUUAUUGACUGUUCGCGCUUUUUGGGAAAUCAGGGGUGCAACGGCGGGUCAAUGGAGGACGCCUUUGAGUACGUGAUUGAGAACCGGGGCAUUUGUUCUGCAGAGAGCUACCCCUAUAUGAUGAAGGAUGGCAUUUGCCAAGCCUCCCGGUGUACACCUGUGGCAUCGAUUGUGGGUUACAGGAAUGUGCCACGUGAAAACGAGAAAAGCAUGAUGGUUGCACUGGCUCUACGAAGCCCCGUGAGUGUUGCUAUUCAAGCAAAUCAAGCAGCGUUCCAAUUCUACUAUGACGGGGUGUUCGACGCUCCAUGCGGCACUGACCUGGAUCACGGAGUUCUGCUUGUGGG